AACACUUCACAAGGGGGCGCUCGGCUCAGGCUCUGUUGGACUCCGUUAGCUGCGGAGCUUCAAGCCAUUUUCCCCUCUGCAUCGCGACCGUUCACACCUCCCGACAUGCAAACUCCAACGCUCUGACCUGGAACACAAAAGCACGUACGAACUGUGGAGGAGGAGGUGUGCGUAGCAGCGUCGCGGACACCGGCAGAAUGUAUUCCGAGUGGCGCUCCCUGCACCUGGUGGUGCAGAGCGACCAGGGCCACCUCAGCGUCCUCCACACCUACCCGGCCGGAGUGGGCAUGGAGGUGGCCAACGCCGUGGUCAAGCCCCUGGGCACCGCCGUCAGCCCCGUGGCCACGGAGAACAUCCUCAAGACGGAUAAGGAGGUGAAGUGGACCAUGGAGGUGCUGUGCUACGGCCUGACGCUGCCCCUGGAGGGCGACACGGUGAAGCUGUGUGUGGACGUGUACACCGACUGGAUGAUGGCGCUGGUGGCCCCCCGGGACUCCAUGCCCACGCCCGUCGUGAAGGAGCCCAACCUGUACAUCCAGACCAUCCUCAAGCACCUCUACAACGUCUUCCUGCCCAGGCCCGAACAGCACAGCCUGAACCACAUCAGGCUGUGUCAGCAAGUGCUGACGGCGGUCCAGAAGCUGGCCCGAGAGUCCGUUUCCAUGGUGAGGGAGACCUGGGAGGUGCUGCUGCUCUUCCUGCUGCGUGUCAACGACACUCUGCUGGCCCCGCCCACCACCGGAGUGGGCGUGGCGGAGAAGUUGGCGGAGAAGCUGAUGGCGGUGCUGCUGGAGGUGUGGCUGCUGGCCUGCGCCCGCUGCUUCCCGACGCCGCCCUACUGGAAGACGGCCCGCGAGAUGCUGGUCAACUGGAGACACCACCCGCCGGUGGUGGAGCAGUGGAGCCGGGUGGCCUGCGCCCUGACCUCAAGGCUGCUGCGGUUCACCCACGGCCCCUCCUUCCCGCCCUUCAAAGUCCCCGAUGAAGACGCCAGUCUGAUCCCCGCCGAGAUGGACAACGACUGCGUGGCUCAGACCUGGUACCGCUUCCUGCACAUGCUCAGCAACCCGGUGGACCUGAGCAACCCGGCCAUCGUGAGCACCACGCCCAAGUUCCAGGAGCAGUUCCUGAGCUCCAGCGGCAUCCCUCACGAGGUGGUGCUGCUGCCCUGCCUGAAGCAGCUGCCCCAGAUCUUCUUCAGGGCCAUGCGGGGGGUCAGCCGGCUGGUCGACGCCUUCCUGGGUGUCUCUGUUGAGCUCAGAGAGCUGAGCAAGAGAGCAAGCUCUUUCAGUCCCGGCCUUCCUCAUGGAACAAAGGUACAGCAAGGUAUCUCCCGGCCCAGAGCGGACAGCGCCCCGCCCACCCCCGUCAACAGACUGAGCAUGUCUCCGCCCCCCUCGGUCAACAACACCACGCCCCCUCACAGCCGCAAGCAGCGACACACGGCCGUCACCAAGACGACCAGCAAGAGCUCCUCCAGUGCCAGCGGGAGCCAACCAACCAAAGCCUCCCAGCAGCAGCAGCAGUCGUCGUCGCCCACCCUGCUGUCCAGCCCCAACCAGACCAGCUGGGAGUCGCGGCCCCUCCCCGCUUCGGCCCGGCCCAAGGUCAACAGCAUCCUCAACCUGUUCGGCCAGUGGCUGUUUGACGCUGCGCUGGUGCACUGCAAGCUGCACAGCGGCAUGAGCCGCGACCCCAGCAUGACCGCCAUCGCCACCCAGGUGGGCCUGGAGCUGAGGAGGAAGGGGUCCCAGAUGUCAGCCGACUCCAUGGUGUCCAACCCCAUGUUCGACGCCAACGAGUUUCCCGAGAGCUACGAGGCCGGCCGCGCAGAGGCCUGCGGCACGCUCUGCCGCAUCUUCUGCAGCAAGAAGACCGGCGAGGAGAUCCUGCCCGUCUACCUGUCCAGGUUCUACAUGGUCCUCAUCCAGGGCCUCCAGAUCUCUGACUUCAUCUGCCGGCCGGUGCUGGCCUCCAUCAUCCUCAACUCCUCCGCCCUCUUCUGCUCCGACCUGAAGGGCAUCAACGUGGUGGUGCCCUACUUCAUAGCCGCGCUGGAGACCAUACUCCCAGACAGGGAGCUGUCCAAGUUCAAGAUGUACGUGAACCCCACAGAGCUGCGGAGGGCGUCCAUCAACAUCCUGCUGGCCAUGCUGCCCCUGCCCCACCACUUUGGGAACAUCAAGUCAGAGGUUCUGCUGGAGGGGAAGUUCAGCGAGGAGGAGAGCUCUCCUCACGACCAGCCCGUCUCCUUCCUGUCAUUGAGGCUACGGCUGGUCAAUGUCCUGAUCGGAGCCCUGCAGACGGAGACCGACCCUACCAACACACAGCUCAUUCUGGGUGCCAUGCUGAACAUCGUCCAGGAUUCAGCGCUGCUGGAGUCCAUCGGCACACAGAAUGAAACGGGCAGCGUCGACGGCAGCCACUCGGGCUCCAGGAACCAGAGCCACAGCCGCACCAACAGCGGCGUCAGCUUCAACAGCGGGGGCGGCGUGGAGCCCACCAGCCCCGAUUCUGAGCGCCCGUCCCAGGCCCUGCUGAGAGACUACGGUGUUUCAGAUACGGCCGCUGGCCUGCUGGUGCGCAGCAUCCACCUGGUCACCCAGAGACUCAACUCCCAGUGGAAUCAGGACAUGAGCAUCUCACUGGCCGCCCUGGAGCUGCUGGCCGGCCUGGCCAAGGUAAAGGCCGGAGUGGACUCGGCGGACCGGAAGCGGGCGGUCUUUGCCAUCUGUCUCUACAUCGUGUACCAAUGCAGCCGGCCAGCCCCGCUCCAGUCCCGGGACCUCCACUCCAUGAUCGUAGCCGCCUUCCAGUUCCUCUGCGUGUGGCUCACUGAGCACCCCGACAUGCUGGACGAGAAGGCCUGCCUGGUGGAGGUGCUGGAGAUCGUGGAGUUGGGGAUCUCAGGCAGCAAGUCCCGGCAGGAGCAGGAGGUCCGGCACAAGGGGGACAAGGAGCACAACCCCGCCUCCAUGAGGGUGAAGGACGCCGCCGAGGCCACCCUCUCCUGCAUCAUGCAGGUGCUGGGAGCCUUCCCGUCGCCCAGCGGGCCGGCCUCCACCUGCAGCCUGCUGAACGAGGACACCCUGAUCCGCUACGCCCGCCUCAGCUCCACUGGGGCCGGGAACUUCCGCUACUUCGUCCUGGACAACUCGGUCAUCCUGGCCAUGCUGGAGCAGCCCCUGGGCAACGAGCAGAACCCCAGCCCCUCGGUGACGGUCCUGAUCCGGGGGACGGCCGGGAGACACGCCUGGACCAUGCAGCUCUUCCACCAGCCGAGGGCCGCCCGGGCCACGCAGAGGCAGAUGUUUGUCCCUGAGGGACGGCCGAUUCCCAACAACGACGUGGGGGUCCGCUACAGCGUGAAGCAGAGGCCCUUCCCCGAGGAGGUGGACAAGAUCCCCCUGGUCAAGGCCGACGUCAGCAUCCCUGACCUGGACGACAUCGUCAACAAGGAGCUGGAGCUGCAGCACGAGCGCCUGCGCAGCAUGAUGAGCAAGCAGGUGGAGUACGAGCAGGCGGUGGAGCGCAACAGCGAGGACGCCUGGCGGGCCAAGCCCUUCCCCGACCCCCACACCGACUGCAAGCCCCCCACGCCCGCACAGGAGUUCCAGACCGCCCGCCUCUUCCUCUCCCACUUCGGCUUCCUGUCCCUCGAGGCUCUCAAGGAGCCCAACAACAGCCGCCUGCCGCCCCACCUGAUCGGCCUGGAGUCCUCCAUGCCGGGCUUCUUCGACGACAUCAGCUACCUGGACCUGUUGCCGUGCCGACCCUUCGACACGGUCUUCGUGUUCUACGUGCGGGCGGGCCAGAAGAGCAGCCACGAGAUCCUGAGGAACGUGGAGUCGGCGGGCAGCGUGCAGCCCCAGUUCCUGGAGUUCCUGCUGUCCCUGGGCUGGGCCGUGGAGGUGGGGCGCCACCCGGGCUGGACCGGCCACCUGGACACCAGCUGGUCUCUGAACUGCUGCUCGGACGGCCCCCCCAGCCCGCCACAGGAAGACGCAGCCAGUCCGGAGGAGACGGGCGGCUCCAUGUUCAACGGAGAGAGGAAGGUGCUGUACUACGCCGACGCCCUGACGGAGAUCGCCUUCGUGGUGCCCUCGCUGACGGAGAACUCGGAGGACUCGUCGGUCCACAGUGACUCCACCGUGGAGGCGGACUCCACCUCCGACCUCAUGCCCACCAUCCUGAAGCAGCCCAACCUCACGCUGGAGCUGUUCCCCAACCACUCGGACAACCUGGAGUCGGCCAAGAAGCUGAGUCCUCUGGUGAAGACCAAGCGGUCGUCCACGGGGAAGUCCUUCCCUCUGCUGGGGCCUGAGACCAAGGUGUUUGUGGUCUGGGUGGAGCGCUUCGACGACAUCGAGAAUUUCCCUCUCUCCGAUCUUCUGGCGGAGACCAGCACAGGCCUGGAGGCCAACGUCAGCAGCAGCACGUCCUGCAGGUCAGGGCUGCUGGAGAAGGACGUCCCGCUGAUCUUCAUCCACCCGCUGAAGACCGGUCUGUUCCGCAUGCGUCUUCACGGCGCCGUGGGCAAGUUCAGCAUGGUCAUCCCCCUGGUGGACGGCAUGGUGGUCAGCCGCAGAGCCCUGGGCUUCCUGGUGCGUCAGACGGUCAUCAACGUGUGCCGGCGCAAGCGCCUGGAGAGCGACCUGUACAACCCGCCCCACGUGCGUCGCAAGCAGAAGAUCACAGAGAUGGUCCAGCGCUACCGCAACAAGCAGCUGGAGCCCGAGUUCUACACCUCCCUGUUCCACCAGGUGGGGGAGGGCCGGCCCCACCUCUGACCUGACCCCUGACCUCCGCCCCCCACCCCCCCCGCCCCCCACCCCGUAUCGAAACACUGGCCCGUACAGGGCAUGCAAGAACAUACGCACACACACAUAGGUCACACACGCACACACACACAUAAACACACAGAAAACGCAUAAACACACACACGGACACAAAAUCUCUAUAUUUAUACUGUACUGAUUUUUUAUUUAUAUUAACACACUCACACACACACACACACACACACCGAAACACACAUCUAUAAAUAUAUAUGUAUACAUAUAUCUCAACACUGUCUGCCAGUCGACUUCAAGAGCAAAAGUGUCAAAACUGCGAGGUGCAGCAUGCUGGCCGACCGCCGCCGCAGCCGCGCUCCGGGCUAGCUGGUACCGGGCUAGCCUAGCACCGGGUUAGCCUAGCGCCGGGCUAGCUGAUGCCGGGCUAGCCGCGCCUAGCGCCACGGACACUGGACCGGCCGCUAGCCGGGACUGUUUCCAGAAGUGACUGGCUCCUCGCUGUUUAGAUCCAUGGCUGCAGAACUCUCUUCUUCUCUCCGAACUUUAACAGAAUAACUCCUCCCCCUGCCCGUGCGUUGUCCACGGAGACACUAAGAUAAGGGCGGUUUUCCCCCCGUUCGGUUUGUGAGUCGGGUCCGGAGCGCCGUCGGGAACGCUGACCCCCCGCUCGGAACCUUCUGGAAGCUACGUCGUCUGUCCAUCCACAGAGAGACUCCAAGUGACACCUGCGACCCAAAGUCCACCGUCUACGUUGUCUCAUGUUUGUAUGUGUAUAUAUUUACACACACGCAUGCACGUGUGCGUCCACACACAAACACACACAGUACACAUACAGCACACGCACACAUACAGCACACACAAACACCACAAAUACAGUACACACACACACACACACACACACACACACACACAGACACACGUAGAGAUGCAAAGCGGCUUGUCUCCAAAGUCUUCCUUUAAUGAUAUGCAGAGGGGAAUCACCGUGACAUUGACUGCCAUUUUAACUUGAACUCCACACAGCGCGUGAAACGGAAAAACCAAACGCUCCUCGUCAUUCUGCUGCCCACCUUGUGCGUGGCCCUCUGAAUGCCUCCACGCAUGCGUGUGCGCACGAUGCUCGUACGUGCAUGCAAGCGCGUCUGCGUGUCAAUGCGUGUACGAGUGCGUGCGCUCAUCUGUGCACGAAGGCCCGUUGCCACGGCCCCGUUGCCCGCCCAAUCACGUCCACUCCGCUCUCCAGAAUCAUGUGCGCACACCGCGACCUCUGACCCAACUGAACCGAUAUGGAAAUAAGCUUGAUGUCAUUGUAGGGAGAAAGGGUGGAAUUCCAGCCCCCCCCCCCACCCCCAAAACACUAUUGGACCCCAACAACGCACACACUGGGUUCAGAACAUCUGUCUUCAUCUGAGCUGACUUCACUCUCCGUCUGAGCUGACGUCACUCUCCAUCUGAGCUGACCUCACUCUCCAUCUGAGCUGACUUCACUCUCCGUCUGAGCUGACUUCACUCUCCGUCUGAGCUGACUUCACUCUCCGUCUGAGCUGACUUCACUCUCCGUCUGAGCUGACCUCACUCUCCAUCUGAGCUGACUUCACUCUCCGUCUGAGCUGACUUCACUCUCUGUCUGAGCUGACCUCACUCUCCAUCUGAGCUGACUUCACUCUCCGUCUGAGCUGACUUCACUCUCCUUCUGAGCUGACCUCACUCUCCAUCUGAGCUGACUUCACUCUCCGUCUGAGCUGACUUCACUCUCCUUCUGAGCUGACUUCACUCUCCGUCUGAGCUGACUUCACUCUCCGUCUGAGCUUACUUCGAUGGCAGCAGGUGUGAGCUCUCUGUGCGUUCAUCUCGUACACACCGACGUGAUGUUUACUCACAGUGGGUGGGCCCGGGACGCUGCUCUCUCCCCAUUGGCCGGGAACAAUGUCAAUCUAUUUAUCACACCGGACGGCAGCAGCCUGCUUUUAGUUUGGCUUUGUUUUUCUUUUAUUGUCUUAAUGCACUGAGCACAUUUUUUCCAUUUACUUUCUAUGUCCUUGGUUCUCUUCCGAGUCUUUUGUAGCCUCUACUUGUACACAUUGUUGAGAGUUAAUCCCUGCUGAAGAGUUGUAUUAUCUUGUCGAGUAUAAAUGAAGAACAGAUGGAAUUUUUAAUCGUGUUGAAUUAACCCUGCAAAAAUCACCUUUUUAUGAUGACUUUAGUGCUGUGAGCACAUGCCUUUAUUUUGUUUCUGAAAGAGUCCAUUAAAUAUGCUUCAAAGAAACUGCAGUCAAUCGGGUCCAUCGUGCGUUGUAUGAUCCUACCGUGAUGGUUUGACCCGUGCGUGUGUACAGCAAUGGGGUCAAACGUGUAAAUACAUGAAGGUGCAUUCUGGGGGUCGCAUUCCUGAUUUGAAAUUGCAAGAAAAAAAGGAAUGAAUGUAAAAGUGCGUAGGAGAUUUUAAAUGGUCAUUGAAUGUACCAUGAAUGCAUUAAUUAAAAACUCAUAAAUAUCUUUUAAUCCA